CCGCGGUAUAUAUAAACGGGCAUGACGCGCUCACUCAGAACACGUGCCGAAUUUGAGCUGAGACAGUUGCGUCCUCAAAGACGAAAAUGUCCGCUCGUAUGGCUAUCUUGGCGAUUCUUAGCUUCAUGGCUACCACCGAGGCAGUUGUUCCACCGGGAAAUAUAAUGGACAUUUCGCCUGCAUGUGGCAGUAAUGGUGUCGGUGACGCCUUGGUGACGCUUGUCACCGACAUGGAAACUGGAGCUAAGGCCGUCUGUGCAGGGGAUAAGACGGUGAACUUUGUCUCCAGCAAUGGCGUGGAAUUCACGUUACCGGUGUCGUACCCAGUUGCAGGUGGGGGAUCUUCCCCUUGUAAAUUUGUGAAAAAGAAGGACGCACUGGUGUUCACCAUCCGAGUGCAGGUGGGGUACGGUCGUCGUGGCAGUCGCCUCGUCCAGCAUGAUGAACGCUACACAAUAACCUGCUCCUUUCAGCCAGGCGCCUCCAAAGAAAGUGGUUUGCUGUCUAUUAAACCCGGAUUCAAACCACCAAAAGUGAUCGCCGGGAAUAAGCCGCCUGUGAGUAAGUCUUCAAUCCAUUUGUACGUCGUUGAUGUCAUCGGGAGGAAACUUGGUGCCUCCGCACCAGCAGGCAAGAUGGUGAGAUUGAAGGCAGUCACUCUCGGACUAAAGGACAAAGGCCUCCGUGCCGAAUCGUGCGAUGCUAUGAAUGCGAAGGGUGGCAGGUAUCCUGUUCUGAGAUCGGGAUGUGGAAAUGGAAUGGUUUUAAAGAAGACAAAAGGCUUCCUUACUAUUGGGAAGACCACCUACAGUUAUUUCUUUAAGCUCUUCACUGUCAAUGGGGAUCCGUCUCUCAGUUUUGUGUGUAACUUCACGGUGUGUGAUACAAAAUGUAAUGGGCCGUCGUGUUUUGCGAAGGCAUCGGGACGCAGACGCCGAGAUCAGCCAGGUGAGAGUAUUGGAACAUUUCUGUUGGGUUCGAAGGGCCAUGUCGCGAACGCAGUGACGUUGACUAGUGAUCCUGUUAACGUCCAGAAGAUAAUGGCCCCAGUUCAACUGCUCAAAGCUCACCGGCCACGUGUUCAACGCAACCAGUAAACUGUACCUAAUUGGUGGUUGGGUUAAUAAAAUUAUAAAAAAACA